AAUCGCCAUUUUUAUUUCUUUCAAUUCUCCAAAAAAAGAUAAAUUACAAAAUUAUGAGAAACAAUUUUGGUAGAGAUAACAAGUACAGAACAUUGUGCUGUCAUGUAAAAUCUGCUACCUUAGCAUGGGGAUUUUUGAAUGUGAUCUUACAAUUUAUUGUGUUAGCAAGCUUCAUCAUGGUGUUGAUUAAUCCUAAAUUCACUACAAUUAAGCAUAAUGACUUGUCAAGCGUUUUGGAUGUUAAUUUUAAAUCCGAUGCCACAUUAUCAUCAUUUUUCAAUGAUGACAAAGAUGAUAUUUUUCAAGUGAAACAACCUAAAUCUAGGGAACAGCUUUUUUCUAUCAAAAUUCACGAUUUUAAUAUUGAAGAUGCCCAUAUUGGUUUGAUUGUUACACUCUGUGCAUUCUUGCUGACUUGGUUGCUUAUCCAUGGCGUCCUAGCUGGGAAACCUGGUUACUUAAUUCCAUUCUUCUCUCUUCAAAUAUUUGAUCUGUGCUUGACUGUGCUUACCUUCUUAGGAUUUUAUACUUAUUCUCCUAACAUGAAAAAAUAUAUUUAUUCAGAUGUAAAUAAAAACCUACCAUUCCAAGAUGAUUUUAUGAAGAUGAAUUCCAACUAUCUUAGCAUCACUACCUUCAUUCUCUUUCUAGCUAUUGUGACAUUUAAGAUGUAUUUUAUUCACGUGGUUUGGAGCUGUUACAAGUAUCUUUGUGGCAGGAAAAGUGGUAUGAACAUCAAUUACAUCAAAGUAGAACCUGAGACAUCCUCCUUGCCCGACUAUGAAACGGCUGUAAAAAUGGCCCCUACGGAUUUUAUCAUUCCACCUGUUCCAAUUAACACCAACUAAAUCAUCAUUCAUCCUUUAAUUUUUAAAAAAAAUUGUUUUGAGAUAAUCUGAUAAAUGCCCUAUUUACUUAUUUUUAUAUUAAGAAUUUAUUUUCACUAUUAAUCUUAGUGUUUUACGUUAUUCAUAAAAAUAACAUAUUAAAUAUUAAUUAUAUCUAAUAUAAUAAUUGAUGUCAGAUUUAUAAUUAAUAUAUAUAUAUUUGUAUUAUUGUAUAUCCUACCUAAUAAUGUUUUUCAUAUUAUUUUUAAGCGUUAAAAUUAAUUUUAGUUAUAAUAAAAAUAUAAAAUAAUACAAUAGAUUUUAUUGUUGCACACAAUUAAUUAUCUUCAUUUUACAUAGUUUAUUUAUAUUAAUAAAUUUUUUUUAUUACACACACCUAACCUAUAUCUAAAUAUAAUUUAUAUUUUUCAUCAUAAAAUAAUUAUUAUUUCAGACCUUAUAAUAUCUAAAAAUUACUGAUAUUUUUAUAAUUGUUAAUUCCCCCCUCCCAAAAAAAAGUUUUAAUCAUCAUAAUAUAUAGCUCUUAUCUUUUAAUAAUAAAAAAACUGUUCCAUUGCA